AUGUUUAUAUUAGGAGUAAUCGGUAAUAUUAUUGGAAUUAUUGUUUUCUCCUCAAGAAAAUUUCGACGUACAACAUACGGACGUUUAGCUUUAGCAUCGUUAUUUAUUAAUUUAUUAUGUGUUUUUCGUUACUCUAUAUUAUUACACUCCGUGACUCGUCGUUGGAUAUCAUACGUUGUUGGUCAAACAUGGUUUAAUUGUAAAUUGUAUCGUUUUUCAUCAUGUCUAAGAAUUUUAGCAGCAUGGAUUACCGUAUUUUGGACAUACGAUCGAUUUUCUUAUAUUACACGAAUUUUACAAUGUUGUUUAAAUAGAGGUUGUUGUAAACGAUAUAAAUAUUACGGUAUGGCGGGUAUAGCAUGCAUAAUUAUUUUAUUAAUAACAGGACCGACAGUUCACUUGUACGAAUCACGAUAUGUAAUAAAAUAUUAUCGACAAGAAGAGCAAAUGGAAUUCAAUGAAAUGGUCUCUAUCAAAGAUAAUAUAACGUUAUUUACACCAGAUCAAAGAUAUACUGUAGAUGAUUCAGUAAACAGAACAGUAAAUCCUGCGAUUUUUGAACAUUUAUCUCGUCAGCAAUCUUAUGGUACUAACAAUUCUCAAAAAUUUCUAUUAUGUACUUUAAAACCUGGCGUCUCUCAUUUAUGGAUUUUAUACUUAAACGAUGUCACAUUUAGUUUUAAUUAUCAUACGUUACGUUCGAUAUUUUCUGAAAUCAUUCCAUCGAUCUUGGUAACUCUAUUCAAUAUUGGUAUUAUUUUGCGCGUCAUUGAAGCAACAUUUCAACUAAGGACCAGUUUUUCAGUCAUUGGCAAUCGUUCACCGAAAUCAGCUAUGAUGGCCGAUUCAAAAUAUUUAUCAUCAGCUAGACGAUCUACUCAAGAUAAUAUCAAUAAUAAUAGCUUUGACAAAUGCGUUGCACAUAAUCGUCCAAAAACAUCAUGGAUGAACAUGGUACUCAUUCUACAUAGUUGUCUCUUUUGUUUUUCGUCAUUAACACAUACAAUCGUACAUUUAUUUACAAAUAAUGCUUUACUUUCAAAUCAGGUAUCUGUUGUCAUUUUAGCUAAUUGCUCGCUAAACUUUUAUGUGUAUUGUCUAAGUGGAAAAACGUUUCGCUCUGAAAUUUUACGUUUAUUUGAUCAUCAUUUUCAAUAUUAUUUUCGAAUGAAAUUUUUAAAUAUUUUUCGUACAAAAUCUGAACGAACGAAAGUUAGCAGAGAAAUUCGAAUGAAUUUAAUUCGACAACAAAGUACAGUUGUGCAGAAGAAAAAUAAAGGAGCACCAAGUCAACAACAACAACAACAACACGUAGUUCUCAUAAUUAAUACAGAAGGAUAA